AGAAAGUAAAUUUCCCGCAAAAUGAAAGUACACUUCAAUUCUUUUUAAAGAGAGAGAAAAUAACGGCGAUUGAUUAAAUCAUAACUGAUAACACGAAAUGAUGACACCAAGAAAAUUAAGACAGCACCAAUAUCAAUCAUUUAAUCAAGAAAAUUGAAGCUGUUUAGAUGAAGGGAUACCUUUCAGAUGACCAGAAUCUUUGUUUUGGGUAAAAUGAUGAUAUAACAAGGAAGACAUAAUCACUUCACUCCUUUUCCCACUCUGCAGAUUUUGGAUUUUUAAAAGAAAUGGCUAGUCCAAGAAAAGUCACCUUUGCUGAGAGGAAAAGCCAAGGGAUAGAUUUCCUGGAUUACUUGAAAGACAAAGAAAUAAAAUUUGUUGGUUUGACAAAAAAGGAACUGCGAAAGGUUUACAUUGACAAAUACAUCCCAAGUGAUUCAAACAAAUGUAAUAAGAAUCUAGCCUUUGGGCCCGUGAUACAAACCCUGUUUACCACUGGUCACCUUCAUCUGAGGGGCCCUCACAUCCAUGAAGGUCGUGCUGCUCCCCCAUAUCUCAACUCCCACAAGAAAAAGAAUGAACAAAAUGAAAAUCAGAACAAUAAUAGUGACCCAAAUGCAGGAAGAUUUUACAAAAGAUCACCACCCAGACGAAUCGGCCAAGUGGCAGUUAACCAGCAUGUGGUCAUUAAUCGCAGCUUCAUCCCCACCCCGGUGCCCAGCAGAACCUCCUCCCCGGCUCCUGACUUCCCUAACAGACCUCAGGCUAGCCAGAGGGAGUCACAGCCCUCAAUGGAUACAGACAACAUCAAGAGGAUAGGCAACUAUUACGAGUGCAUGAUUUGUGGUGCACGAUCCACUUCUGUGGCGGAGAUGGGAAGGCAUUCUCAGGGGAGACGACACAGGCUAGGGGUAGUCACAUCCGAAAUGAAGAAGCAGAGAGAUCAUCUAAUUAAAGACAGGGAAGGCAUUGCCAUAAUAGGAGACAAUGCUGAUUAUCUUAACGGUACAUACCACAUGCAGAUCAAGGAAAACGUAGAGAAGACCAUGUUCCUAAAGCUAGAGAAUCAGACAGAGGAGAUGGUGGAGCUGUUACAUUGUGAGAUGUUGAAGAGAAUGAGGGUGUUCACACUCGACGACGUUAAGAAGGUCACAGAGGGUCAAGGGGCGGUGCCAUUAGUACCAGGGAGUCAUUACAUCAUCAAAGUCCAUGCCUGUGCCAGGGGAUUAGGAACAUUCCACGUACCAAUUGCCUUUCAUCUGCGCAGAUCAGGGAAAGAAUUCCACAUCAUUAGAUACUUAAACGCAAAGUGUGUCAGUGACAUCACAGAGCAGUUGAAGCCAACCACCCCGUACAAACCUCCCACAAAGGUUGCUGAGUACCAGGAAUCUGUGGAGAUAGUUCAGGGAUUAAAACUCCCCAAAUUGACAGAGGAUGAUCUGAAGCGAAUGAUGCCGCUGGCGAACUACGCUGUAAGUCGUCAGAUGAGGACGAUGAUUAACAGGAGAUUUAAGACGUCACUUUGUAGUAACCAGGCGGAGAAACUAGAGAUGAGCGCUACAAGAAAAAUACUUGAAAAUCCCUUGACAAGAAAUGUGUACAAGAAAAAAUUCCAUGCUUUGAUGAACAUGGAAGAAUUACAGAUGCAGGUUGAUAUCCGGCGAUAUGACAUGAAAGAUUCUCCAAUGACAAAAUGUCCCCACAACAAAAGACUUCUAAUGCUGGAGGUUCCUGGUUUGGCAGAGAACCGUCCCUCUGUCCUUAAAGGUGACCACUUGUAUGUCCGUAUGGGUAAUGGACGUAAGGAAUAUCAGGGCUACGUCCAUGAGGUCCACCAAAAACAAGUGGCCCUGGGAUUCCAUGACAGUUUGGUGACCAACUUUGUGAACAAGAGUAAGUUCAGUGUGAGGUUUAGUUUUAACCGCCUGCCCCUGAAGCUUCAGUACCGCGCCUGUGAGCUGGCCAUUGAGGAGGGACUAGAACCUCUGUUGUUUCCCACCCCCAACAACAUCUGUAGGAGGGGGCUCUACCAACUCUCUAACAAGAGAAAAUUCUUUGACAGGAAGAUAGAGUCUAACAAAGAGCAGCAGUUAGCCGUAAACAAUAUAGUACUGGGAACUCUCUCUCUCUCUCUCUCUAUCCCUAUCUUCUUCCCCGCCCCCUACAUUGUGUUUGGACCCCCAGGGACAGGCAAAACUGUCACCAUUGUAGAGGCCUUGCUACAGAUCUACUACAACCAUCCCAAAUCUCACAUCCUGGCCUGUGCCCCGUCAAACAAUGCAGCGGACCUGCUGGCUGAGCGAAUUCUGGGGAGCAGUGUCGUGACCCGCAGACACCUGCUGAGACUCAACGCUUACUCUAGACUCUGGUUUACUGUCCCGGAGAAGAUCCGUGACUGCUGUAACUUUAACAAGAGGAGUGAUCAGUACUUCUAUCCCCCCGUGGAGGAUCUGAUGAAGUACAGAGUCAUUAUUACCACGCUCGUCACCGCCGGAAGAUUGGCCUCAGCCAACUUCCCAGCGGGUCAUUUUAGCCAUGUUUUUAUUGACGAGUCUGGUCAGGCUAUUGAGCCCGAGGCCCUGAUAGCUAUAGCAGGGAUACUGACGGUCGACCCGGGCCUGACCUGUGGACAGCUGGUCCUAGCCGGGGACCCACAACAAUUAGGACCCAUCCUCAGGUCCCCCAUAGCACAACAGUACGGACUAGGAACAUCAUUAUUGGAGAGAUACAUGAACGAGGUAGAAGUGUACAAAUGUAGAAAUGAUGAGGAUGACCCAGAUCAUCACUAUGACAACCGACUCAUCACCAAACUUCUCAGAAACUACCGCUCUCACCCAGUCAUCUUAAACUAUCCCAAUAAAACAUUUUAUAAUGGGGAACUUGUGCCGAAUGCUGACGAGAGUAUCAGAACCAGUCUAUGUGACUGGGAGGAGCUACCCAUGAAGAAUUUCCCCAUCAUUUUCCAUGGGGUAGUGGGUAAGGACCAGCGAGAGGAGAGAAGUCCCUCAUUCUUUAACCCCGAGGAGGCAGCUGUCGUGUUUAGUUACGUCAAGAAGUUACUGACGGAGAAGAGGAGGGGGGUACGAAUUCAACAGAAACAAAUAGGGAUUAUUACUCCAUACAGAAAACAGGUCCAGAAGUUACGCCAGUUAGUACAUCACAGGGGUAACUUUGGGGAGGUGGAUAUCGGCUCAGUGGAGGAAUUCCAGGGGCAGGAAAGACUGAUUAUAAUUGUGUCCACUGUCAGGUCUAACCCUGAGUACCUUUCACUAGAUCUCAACUACAACCUGGGAUUUCUCAGGAACCCCAAGAGACUGAAUGUGACCUUGACGCGAGCCAAGGCCUUACUUAUAGUGAUAGGUGACCCCAACACUCUAUCACAGGAUUUUAAAAAACAUCUGAAAUCUGUAACAGAAUUCAUUGACUUCUGUAUUGCCAACAAGGCGUACACUGGAGUGGACUACGCUGGGGAUGAAGAGAUGGUGGAGGACAUCAUGCAGAGGCUGAACAACAUCAACAUCAGCACUAGUCUGCUGGAGGAAGAUGAUGAUGACGAUGAUGACCCAGGGGAUGAAUUAAUUAAGGCCAGUGAACACGACGAAAAAGAAUGGAGAAAGGAAAUCUGAUUGGCUGUAAUCAAUUAACAUUAAUCCAGACGUGUCAUGCUGCAAAAUCCUGUGUGUCAAUGGUUGUCAGAUAAAGUCUUUCAAUUGUCGCAAGAAAAAAAGUAAUUAUUUGCAUUUUUAAGCAUAAUUUCAUGGUAUAAAUUUAAUUGAAUACUAAUGAGCUAUAAUUUUAAUAGAAUUUUUAGGAUUUGCAGAUUCCUUUUGAUUCAAUCAAAUUUGAGUUUCUAUCAGAGGUCAUUGGAUUUUUUAUAUGCACAAAAAAGCAAUGGACAGAAUGAGUGAAGCAGAACAUCAAGUAUUUAAAUUUAAAAUUUACUAGCAGCAUAUUUCACCAUUACAAAUCAAUGACUGAUUGGACCUAUUGAAUAAUAAUUAUAGUCAUUUCUUUUCCUCCUUCCACUGAAUAGUAAUAUUCUUUAGAUUUUUUUAAUAAUGCACAAAUUAUUCUGUUCUUAGAAGUUCUUUGUGAGAAGGAAAAUAUUUGAAAAUGUUCUGAUAUCUCAUUCUCCUUUAACUACAAAAAUUCAGUUACCACAAGUGACUCAUUCAUUGUUAAAUUUUUGAUCAUAUUUAGUACAACCAGGGUGAAAGGGGAAGGAUAUAUACCAGAUUAAUUUUUUUUAUGUCUCUGUCCCAAGUUAAAGUGCACAGAUGUUCUUUGAUAGUGUACUUUUUUAUCAUUACAACAAAGAUUAUUUUUUAAAGCUUUGGUAAAAAUUCUGCUAUGGCUUGCAAGUGAAGUGAUUUGAUUUUAAGUUUCUUAAUAUGCAAUCAUUUCUUUGUACUUGUAAUUUUUUUAGAGUACAAUUUUUAAAUAGGUUAUUGAUUACAUUUAGUAAGCGCAGGUGAAUUUUAUCAGUUACUUCUCUUUAGAAGGGUUCAGUGGUGAAAGCAGUAUAUUAUAAUAGAUGUUCAUUUUACGCAGUUUUAAAAGAAAAAAAUGGAGGCUGUUUCAUUAUUUGUGCAAAUAUUUUAGACAUUUCAAAUUUUUAAUUAAGUUCAGAGCCAUUUUAUUAUUUUGUCAUUAUCAUAUCCAGUGAUUAAAUUUUACUGAUAUAAGAUCUCAGCCACAGGCUCAAAUGAGCUCUUCUUGUCAUCAUCUUUUGUCUGUGCUUUUCGUAACUUUGGUAACUGUUUUACAUAUAUGUAUUCUUCAGACACAGAAUAAUGAAACAUUAAGGAGCAAUGUUACCCAUGAGGCCCAGAUCUUAGCAUAUUUUAAAAGAUGGUUAUUGUAUUCCUUCAAACAAACUAUUUUUAGAUGACCUUUUACCCCUACAAAGGAUUUUUAUUCCUUAACAUAUCGUACUUUUGAAUAUUAAAGGGGGAAUAUUUCAGUACACAUGAUGACAUUAUUUAAGUGUCAGAUGUUAAUGUAGGAAUUUAUUUUUUUGUUGCAUGCUUUUAUUUGAUUUUUAAUUUUAAGACUGAAGAAUUUUUAAAGACCCAUAUGUUAUGUUUGGGUGUCAAUGACAUUAUAGAUACUAGUAUUUCUUUUUAGAACAGAACUUGAAAUAUCUGUGAUAUUAUGUGUAGGACAUGCAAAAACUUUUUGUUGACCAUUUCAGGAAGUUUUUCUGUAUAAAAAACCUCCUCAGGAUCAUGAAACAAACUUAGACUUAAGACAAAUUUUCAAUCACCUAUAAAAUAUUUAUUAAUUGUGGAAUUUAUUUCUAAAUUUGCAGAUAACAAUACCUCUCUGAAACAAUAUUGAAAAAUUUUAAUUUUGGUCUGAUUGACUUCUACAACAUUUUAUUAUAAAAUAAAGAUUUUGACAUAAGCUUAAGAUGUUUCAUGAUCCCGGGGCCUGUUGCCUAAGAUAUCCAGGCAUGUGUGCAUUGUUUAGAGGUGUUGUAUAAUUUUAUAAGCACAGACAAUGUAAGGUUAAUUUUAUCAAUUUAUAAAGUAAGAUUAAAUAUUAACAUGAUUUGGACAGGAAAUUGUUGGGUUUGGGGGCUUACUUGACAUAGUCAUUGUUAUUUGAUCUGUUUACCAGUAAUAAAACAUAAAUGAUUUUCC